UGACUGAAGAAAAGAGAGUACAAGAAAACAGUCAUCAUGCAUCGAAAACAAUCCCUCUUGAUUGCGGAAGCUCUUGGUAAGUUCAUAAAAGGUGUCAUAGAUUACCCUAUUCGCGCUAUCUGAAAAAAUCACAGAUUAAAAAGAUAACGGUCGCGCCAAUCGUCGAAAGAGAAAGACAGCGAAGUUAGAACGCCACAGGUAGUUGUUUCAUAUUAGUAUCGAUUUCAGUGGAUAGUCAGCUAAGCCGCAGUUUCCUGUAAAUAUUCGCUGACACAACUGUAUGAAAACUGUCGAGAUCGCCCAAAAAUAACCCUGACUGCCUCAAUUAACUCUAGACCUGUCUCGAUUCACCUAUUCGCAACACAUGAACCGAUAAGAAAACUUUUUAUUCAAUUUUGCUUUUAAGGCAACUCCCUAUGUACAAGAUAAAGACUAAAAACACUGACCUUAAUAUGGUUUUGUCUAUUUCUGAGCGUUUCCCAAAGUAUCCGUUUUUUGAUCCUUAUGAAUGGAGGUUUCAACUUGUUGUGUUCUUUUCAGUUGCCAUGGAGUCCAUAACAUUGGACUGACAUAAACAAAUUGACUCUGGUCGACAAAGCGAACAAUAAAUAUCAAGUAAAUUUUUUAAGAAUCUUACGGUCGCGAUGAAAAGAUAAUAUAGCAAUAUCUUGAUCAUUUUUUUUUCUUUGUCUAAAAGUUUAGCAAGUAUCGGAGCCAGAUGUAAUACAAAUUGAACAUUGAUUGCAAAAGUCAAUGGAAAACAUUUUUAUGUUCAAACUCUUCUUUUUUUUUCCAUCUUAUCUGUAAAUAUACCCAAGAGGACAACUGAACGAUAUUCCUGCUCAAAAAAAAUGCAAACAUCGUUCGCCAACCAUCUUUGCUGGUCUUUUUUUUUAUCUAAUUAGACAGACAGUUUAUCCCAGCAGUAUAAAACGCGUAUGAUGUAUGGCCUUGCUCAGUAGUAAGGCAUUUGUAGCUGUUACAGUUGUUAAGUAUCGAUGUUAGGUUCCAAUUGACGAAGGAGACUUAGACUUUUCUUGCCUCAUUUGGGUACAAGCAAAUAUCGGUCGUGUUUCUUUACUUUCGCUUUGUUGCAAAAAUUGUGAAAAGCAGACAGGAAAAGUAAAUUUCGUGCCGUUCAGCCGUUCCGAUAAAUAAUGUUCUUAAUGUCGCCACUGUUCUGUCCUGUUGCAGUUCUAGCGGUCUUCCUUGGAGAAGGAGCAUGUGACUCAAGUAAGUUAUGAAUGGAAAUCAAUUUCAAUGAUUUAGCUAAUUGAUUGAAACUAUCAUGAAGAAACGACAGCAAACUCAUGCAAUAAUCCGGCUCCUUACACCACAUGUAAGAGUCUUAAGAGAAAUUUAAAACUAGCGAGUCUUCCAGUUCAAGAGUUGUUUAAAGGUUUUUUUUUCCUUUUUACUAUGUGUAAAGACAAAGCUAGACAAUUUCUUUCCUUGACGAGUGAAAUUGGCCAGUUAAAUCAGUAGGAGUAAGUAAAUGAAAGACGCGCAAAACUAAGCAAGCAACAUCAGUGGUAAUAAUUUGCUGUUUCCACAUUUUUCUUUUGUGACAGUUUGUCCCAAUGGUAUAACAAACAUCACAGCAGCCAGUGGUAGUCUCAAAUAUCCCACGUCAGGUAAUUAUGGCGUGAAUGAGAUCAAGUGUUGGAAAAUUGAAAUCCCUGACAUAUAUAACAACAUCAGAAUUCAAUUUUACAGGUCAGUGUAAUUGCUCUGGUGGCUAUAGAGAUGCAUGUGCUCUGAUUGAUCGCGGAUUACGUCAUGUCUUGCUAUGAGCACCUCCCGCGAGGUGAUUGUAGCAGGAGCGCUUAAUUUUAAAAUGGCUACCACGCGUUUUGUCAAUGUCGUAGAUGUAACUUCUCGAGGAUUAUUUCACAAUAUUCAUUUCGCCCUCGCCGAAUAAUUUUUUAUCAAUUGACCGCCGAGACGCCGCCAAAAAUUUCCAAAACAAACCGCCAAAAGAUUCUGGAAGGUACACAGUGUAUUUUUUUCUUUUUAUCAAAUACCGUAAGAUAAAGUUUUGUAGCUUCUGAUGUCUUAAUGGUUAGAUUAUUGAGGCAAGAAGGAGAAAUGCGCAUAUUUAGAACUCUUAAUGUGGAACAUGCGUCCAAAAUAUUUCAUUUGUUUCAGCGUAUUUCAUCUACAACUGACCGGCAACAAUGCUUUUUCCAUCAGCACCUUUUUCCCAAAGAGUAACGAACGCUUCUCAGUGAACUUAUCGAUUUAUUCAUGCGUUUUCACCUCAGUAGCAUGACUUUACUCUGCUCUAAUUAACCCAAACACAACCCCGAAUCCCGUGGUUUUCUCCGACUACCGGAAGACACUUUCAACAUUCUCUAGAGCAUAAUGACUGCCAUUAUCAUUUGAAGUUGAUAAACAACACAGGCUUCUAUUUGAAUUUGGUCCCCUGUUGUUCCAUAGCUGUUCUCGACUCAGUCCCUUCCUCGUCCUCCUCGCAACUUUAGGAUUCAUAUGAGGUGCUGUGUAUCUAUCGCCAGAUGAGAAGAGGAAGCGGAUUUUAACUGUGUAUUUCUCUUUUUCGGUAGCUCUGACAUAGAAUCAUGCAAGAGGUGUGAAUGCGACAGGUUGACAGUAAGCCGCUCUUAUAAUGAUUUAGAUCGGCAAUCCGUUUCAUCAGAUUGUGGAGGAAAGAAUUAUAGCUUUUUGUACGAGUAUCUCUUUUUCGCCCAUCUGGGAAAGAGGAAAAAAAGAAUUCUAGGAUCGACUGCCUACAUUCGUUUCGUGUCCGAUGAUACUGAAAAUUACAGAGGAUUCAAUCUCACAUUUAUUGCUGGCUCAGGCGAAGGUAAGGGGUAGAUGAACAAACCAAAUCGAAGGAUGUGGCUUCUAAUGAUGUCCUGCACUCGGUGGCCUCCCUUUUCCUCAGAUUUCCUCAGCCCAUAGUAAAUCGUCUCCUAAUGCAUUAUCUGAGACUGUGCGACAAACCUGCCUUAUUAAUUAUGGCAGUGGCGUCCAACUUUAAUAAUCAUAAAGAAGCGCGUAAAUUCUUGAGAAUUUUUUAUGUAUAAUGUUCAACCGUAUAGCUUUAAUUAUUCUAAAAUUGGUCAUCAUAAUCAGUUUGGUGCCUUACGGUUCUUUAGGCUUUAAUAUAAAAAAUUCUUAUUUGCUUAGUUUUAUUUAAUAGACACACGAACCCACAAGCAAGUAGCUUUCAGUUUUUUGUUUCGUAUUUAAGAUUCUAUCUAUCUGUCUAUCUAUUUAUUGCAAAACAAGACCAAUUCAAAAGCAAGCAAACAUGAAAGUAAAUGGGC